AUGGGUGGCACGUGCCGAGGCGUAUAUCCGCCCUCGUUAUGCAAGUAUCUGGCCACGUUCUUGGUCAGCCCACUGCGUCUAGAAAGUGUUAGCAUUCAGGAUGCCUCUUCAUUGGUGCCCCUGCUUGAUCUGGAGGAGCCUCAUUUGGCCGCGAACACCCACAAAGGUGGGGCCUUCUUCGCCGGGGCCUACGCUAAGGGCGGGCUCGUGGGCCUUCGCAAGGCCUGCCAGCUACAGUCGCGUUGCACCAAGGUCUUCGCACAUCUCUUGGCCCGCCUCUUUCCGGGCUUCUAUUUCACAUCCUUGGCUGUGUUCGUGAAUGUCCCAACAGCCAUGCAUCGUGACGUGCAUAACGCCCCCUACCCUAACAUAAUCGUGGCCCUCAGUGAUUUCAAGAAUGGGCAAAUCUGGCAGGAGGACCCUGCCGGGCAAGUUUUGCGACAAGUCCAGGGCUCCGACAGGAAAUCGUAUAGUGUUAGUGGGAUUUUCGGUGCGACACAUGCAUCUCAUCCGGGGGGGCUUGCAGAGUUGAUGACUAUGGGGAUUGAUUUCCAGAGCACUGAAGGUCUUGUGGUGGUGUCAGACACAGAGUCAGAACCUGAGGCCGGUAAGGACACUUCGGUUGCCCCGUUUGACCCCGUGACGAGCCGAGCUUUCGGCCAGCCUUUGACAUGUCGUCACUCCAAGGAGUACCACGAGUUCGUGGACGGCUUGGGCUUGUGUUCUCCCGGGCGAUGGCGGCCGGAGCAAAGGGGUAGGCUGUGCAGUUGGCGGGAAUCUAAUCAUGCCGAGGGGUUGCAGCGCAUAAUUCGCAACUUUGUGAUUUCGGAGCUUGAUGAUGUUAAGUUGAUGACGUGCAAGCUUGCGGCUGGUCGAUUAGAGUCCUCCCCUUUCAAGCCUGAGGCGAUGCAGCGGCUUCGGGAAGAACUGGCGUCCAUGACACCGGACCCCAAGUUGUCUCUGGUGGUUCCUGAGAGGCAGCCGUUCUACUUGCAUCUUCUGUCGCAAUCCCUUCGGGAGCUUGGGGAUCCGGAUUGGGCAAUCUUGACGCAGGGUGAGGAGUGCUUCGCGCGAGGUGUGCCCCUGGGGGAUGAGAAGCCGCUCGAGCGAGUUCCCCAGGUCUUUCGCGAGAGGACUAAGGAUAGGCGUCUUGAUGAGAGUGCAUACAACCCGGACAUGGAAAACUAUUCCUCAGAUGAGCUCUCGGGCGAUCAGCUGGAAGCACACUUCCGCAAAGAAGAGGCACUGGGAAGGAUG